AUGAUUGUCACAACCUUUGCUGGGAUGAUCGUUGCUAUAUUCACCACCUCCACCGCCAUGAUCAUCGUCAUCAUCAACGACGGCGGUAGUGACGACAACAAUGAUCAUGGCAGCAAUGCUCUUCUUGUUGCUUCUUUAGAGGAGAAAAAAGAAGGAAUGGGUUUUGAAAUAACAACAUUGGGUGACCCAACUAAGAUGGCAAUGGCCCAGCUCCCUCAGGACCUCAUAGAAGAAAUUUUGUCAUGGCUUCCCGUCAAAUCUUUUAUGCGUUUCAGGUGCGUUUCGAGGACUUGGAAUUCCCUCAUCUUCCAAGCACACUUUGUCAAAUUGAACCUUCAAAGAUCAUCUAGAAACACCCACAUCCUAUUAAGGUGUCAAAUUAAUACUGUGUUUGAAGAUAUGAGGGAUCUCCCAGGCAUCGCCCCAUGCUCUAUAUGUAUUUUACUUGAGAACCCAUCAUCAACUGUUGACAAUGGUUGCCACCAGCUAGACAACAGAUACUUAUUUAUAGGUUCCUGCAAUGGGUUGGUUUGCUUGAUUAAUAUGGUUGCUAGAGGUGAAUUCAGUGAAUACCGGGUCUGGUUUUGUAACCUGGCCACAAGGAUCAUGUCUGAAGAUUCACCACACUUAUGUCUUCGCUCAUGCAAUUAUAAACUUUGGUGGUAUCAAGUGAAGUGUGGGUUUGGUUAUGAUGAUCGGAGUGCCACUUACAAGGUGGUGUUAGUCCUUUCGAAUAUUAAGUCACAAAAUUGGGAGGUGAGAGUUCACCGCUUAGGUGACACUCAUUGGAGAAAGGUUUUAACUUGUCCGGCAUUCCCCAUUUUGGGAGAAAAAUGUGGACAACCUGUGAGUGGCACUGUUAACUGGUUCGCAAUUCGCAAGUUGGGUUUUGAUUAUGAAUGGGAAACUGUCACCGUCGAUCAAUUAGUAAUUUUUUCAUAUGAUCUAAACAAGGAGACAUUCAAAUAUUUGCUGAUGCCGAAUGGUCUUUCUGAAGUUCCCCGUGGCCCUGAACUUGGGGUAUUGAAAGGCUGCUUGUGUCUUUCUCAUGUUCACCGGAGAACCCAUUUUGUUGUUUGGCUAAUGAGGGAAUUUGGAGUUGAAAAUUCUUGGACUCAAUUGUUGAAUGUAACUCUUGAGCUUCUUCAAGCCCCUCUGCUCUGUGUAAUACUGAAGCCUCUGUGCAUCUCUGAAAAUGGUGAUGUCCUGUUGCUGGCAAAUUAUAUUUCUUCAAAAUUUAUUCUCUAUAAUAAGAAAGAUAAUAGAAUAGUCUAUACUCAACAUUUCAACAACCAAGUGCCAAUGUCCUCCCAUGAUUAUAUUCAAAGCUUGGUGUAG